AUGGCGUUUUUCAGUACAUUACACGAACAGAGGAAUUGCAGUAAGGAGAGCCGUUUCAGCGCUGUCCGCGCCCUCGGGCCAUACCUUUCCCCGCUGCAGCCCCUGUUCCCCCGUUACGGCUGCAGCAUCAAUCCUAAGAACGGCUCCGUUUCCAGGUCGCCGCAGCCAGGAGCGGGCAGUAGGGAUGGCAGUCCCAGCACUGCGGCGGCAGAGACACCCUCCACGGAAGACUUCAGCCUCUCCUUGCUGGACACUAACUUACCAGCUGAAGCAGAGACUGAAUUGCGCAGUUUUAUUGCUAAGCGUCUUGCUAAAGGAGCCCUGUUUGAAGGAAUGGGAAAUGUAGCAUCAGUGGGGCUGAGCAUACCAGAAUAUAAAGUUGGUUGUUACUACUGUCGUUUCCAACAAGAAAAUCUUCUAGAAAUGGCAACACUGGAAUCAGACAUGAAUGCUCCAGAAUAUGUGGUUUGUUUCUUAGGUGGCUCAGAGAAAGGUCUGGAACUUUUCAGACUUGAGCUGGACAAAUACAUUCAAAGUCUGAAGAUAAAUCUCGAUUUGGAGCAAAAAAACAUGGAGACCUAUGUUAAUCCCUGCUUGAGAAGCUGGUUUGAGAAUGCCAUAUGCCCUAUUCAGAGAGUAGUACAGCUCUUCCAGGAGAAACUUGCCUUUCUGUUACAUGCUGCUUUGAGUUAUACUCCUGUAGAAGUGAAAAAUGCAGAUGAAAGAACAGAAAAAGACAUCAGCAGGUUUCUGGCAGCUGCCAGCCUCCAAGGACUUGUUCAGGAAGGAACAAUGACCUCCUUGUGUAUUGCCAUGACUGAGGAACAGCACAAGUCAAUGAUUAUAGACUGUAGUGGACCUCAGCCUCAGUUGCAUAAUGCAGGAAGCAACAGGUUCUGCGAGGACUGGAUGCAUGCUUUUGUGAAUGGUGCUGAAGGUGGAAAUCCAUUUCUCUUCCAGCAGAUUUUGGAAAACUUUAAAUUGAAGGCUAUACAAGACAUUAACAACCUGAAGAGGUUUAUCCGCCAGGCUGAAAUGAACCACUAUGCCUUGUUCAAGUGUUACAUGUUUCUAAAGAACUGUGGCAGUGGAGACAUCCUUUUGAAGAUUGUUAAAGUAGAACAUGCAGAAAUGCCAGAAGCCAGAAAUGUAGUGACCGUCCUUGAGGAAUUCAUGAGAGAAACAUCAGUGGCUUAA